AUGGAGCGAGUUUCUGCGGUUUGUCCUGGUUCAAGUAUACUUUGUAAAAACAACUGCGGAUAUUAUGGGAAUCCUUCCUGGAACAACUAUUGUUCUAGGUGUUAUAGAGAAUUUCAAACAAAGUCUGAUCCUCAUCUGCGCACUGCGCGUGCAUUAUCGAGAACUUCCUCGCGAGCUUUUGCGAAUUUUGAAGCUAAACGUAAGAAAGUUGCGGGUAAAAGCUCUGGAACUAUUAGAAAUAUCCUAAAGAUCCAAAGAGAUCAUGACAAACUUAGUCCAAGCAUUUCCGAAGAGUCUUUGCAGGCUAGGGCGGAAUUCUAUAAAGUUCUGAAAACCUGGAGGUCAGCUCCUGGCCACGAUGUUACUAAGCAGAUUGAGAAACUUCUGAGAGAUCUCGAUGUUAAUGAACUUGUUAGUAUUAACAAGUUUUCAAAUGCGAUCAAGGACUUUUAUAGUUACAUGGCACAGCGGAUCUACACCAAUCACUUGUACCAGGAUGCUUCGACUGAGCAGAAGGAAAACCUCUUAAAUGCGAUCGAGCGAUUCCUUUCUGUAUGGAUUUAUCCGUAUGCCUUUACGCCCCCGAAUACUGACGAUGAGGAGGUUGACUUGAAGCUGCAGGAUCGAAUUCGGUCGCUCCAUUGGGUGUCUCAUCAGCACUUGGAUGCUCCUAUCGAUCCUUCUUCCCCAGAGCAGUCGCACCACCUCGAAGCAGCCAUUCUCCAUUUGAUUCGACAGAAUGAAGUUCGUCCCACUGAAUCUAAGCUUGAUCAGAUCGUUGACUGCUGCCAUGAGGUCUUCAGGGCAUUGCGGUUGAACGCCAAGACUUCUGAUUCUUCUUCCAUGACAGUAGCGACGGCAGCUGCCGCUGCAGUUAAUAUAGCAAAACAACAGCAAAUUCAGUCACAACAGCCGCUGGCGCCUCAUUGUUCCUCAAAUGCUGACGACUUCCUUCCUGCCCUCAUCUGGAUUGUGCUCCGUGCCAAUCCUCCAUUGCUACACUCCAAUCUUCAGUUUAUCAUGCGUUUUGCCAGCGACACACGACUGAACACUGGCGAGGCAGCUUACUGCUUCACAAAUUUGUGUUGCGCUGUGGAAUUCAUUAAGAACCUCAACUAUGCCAGCAUCGGUUUGACGAAGGAGGAGUUCGAGCAUCAGAUGCGUGAUGGCGUACCAGUCACCCUUUGUCCUGCUGACAUUCCUGAUGCUUUUUCUGACACCAAGCGGCGUUACAACGCCAUCAGUCAGAAGCUGGACGACAUGGAAGCAUGGAUGGUGGCCACGGAGCGAGAAUUGAGCGCAAGCGAGAAGCAAACAGCCGAGCGCGUAGCACAGCUGCGCAAAACGUGCACGUUGGAACGCACAGUCUACCUAGAUCCGCGGGAGUUGGUCACUCCCCACGUACUGUGCCUUGGACCAAUGAUGGAAAAUCUUCCAACUUCGCAUCCAAAGUCGCAGCCGAUCAAUCUAAUCGACCAGCUCCGGCCUGACGAGGCCCUCGCUUCCACCCCAUGCCUUGCGCCUCUCCCUAGCCGUACGCCCCCGCGACCACCACGUCCCCCGCCGCGGUAG